AUGGUCAAUUUAGCUUCAAUUUUUACCGUUUUGGCACUCACGAGUGCACAAUUAAUUACCCAACCCAUCAAACGUGAUGAGGCAGACGCUUAUACCCAAUACCCGUCAGUUCCGAAAACUGCAUCCAUAAAUGGAUUCGCCGACCGUAUCUAUGCCUUGGUUCCUGAUUGUGCAAAGGAUUGCUUGAGAGAAUCAACAGGAAGCACCCCCUGCCCAUACUGGGACACCGGUUGUUUGUGUAUCAUGCCGACGUUCGCAGGCGCGAUCGGAAACUGUAUUGCCGACAACUGUCGCGGCAACAACGUCGUUGUCGCCACCAGCUUGGCCUACUCCAUCUGCUCCUCUGCCGGUGUAUGGGAGCCUUACUGGAUGCCCCCAGCCAGUGUCACUACCAGGUUGAACGAAGCCGCUGCUGCUGAACCAACCGACGAAACCUCUUCUCCGCAAGAAGAGACUUCCGCUGUGGAAGAGACCUCUGCUCAAGAGCCACAACACUCGUCCUCUGAACAACCUGAAGAAACCAGUGCUGCUGCACAACCUGAAGAGACCAGUACUGCUGAAGAAUCUAGUUCUGCUAUUGAAGAAACCUCUGCUGUUGUUGAAGAAACAUCUACUGUUGUUGAAGAAACAUCUACUGUUGCUGAAGAAUCUAGUCCUGCUGUUGAAGAAACCUCUGCUGCUGAGCAAACUAGUUCUGCUAUUGAAGAAACUAGUUCUGCUGUUGAAGAAACCAGUUCUGCUGCUCAAUCUUCUGCUGCUGCUCAACCAUCUAGUGCUGAUGAAGAAACCUCUACUGCUGCUCAAGAAUCUUCUGCUGUUCAAUCAUCAAGUAGUGCUGAUGAAGAAACAUCUACUGCUGCUGAAGAAACAUCUACUGCUGCUCAAUCAUCUGGUGCUGCUGAAGAAACUAGUUCUGCAGUUGAAUCAUCUACUGCUGCUGAGGACUCUGCUGUAUCUAGUGCUGGACAACCUGAAAAUACAUCUACUGCUGCUGAAGAAUCAUCUUCUGCUCAAGAUGAAACAUCAAGUAGUGCUGCUCAAGAUGAAACAUCAAGUAGUGCUGCUCAAGAUGAAACAUCAAGUAGUGCUGCUGAAGAAGAAACAUCAAGUAGUGCUGUUGAAGAAUCAUCUAGUAAUCUUGAACCGUCAUCUGCUGAAGAAUCUAGUUCUGCUGCUGACUCUAGUGUUGCUCAUGAAUCUAGCGCUAUCUUAGAAUCUAGUGCUGAAGAAUCCACUACUGCUCCUGAUGAAUCCACUGCUGCCCCGGAAUCAUCUGCAGAUGCUACUUCCUCCGCUUCGGAAUUCAGUACCACUGAAGAAUCUUCUGCUGAUGAAACUUCUACUGCUGCUGAAUCUAUUUCAACUGUACCAACUUCAAGUGUUGAAGACAAUGAUGAAUCCACCUCAUUUUCUUCAGAAAUUCCAUCGGCCACCCCAUCUUUAGUUACUUGUUACAUUAAUGCUGUUGCUGUUGAUGAAGUUGAUCUUGAAACUGGUGUCUGUGAUUUCGAAAUUCCAAAUGAAUUGGAAACUUUCUUCAACUUUGCCUCCGUCAAUGAUUAUGACAUCCAAUAUUACUACGCUCGUGUCAGUGGUAACCAAUACACUAAUGAUAUCCGUUCUGCUGGAAGAGUUGUUAGUAUCCCAGCUAGAGUUUUAUACAACUUGUUCACUCAACUACAUCAAGUUCAUUUAACGAACACUGGUACACAAGAACAACGUAGGAAGAGAGACGAAGUUGAUGAUUUUAUUGACUCCAUUUCUGAAACUGAUGGUACCCCACUUGAUGUUUAUCUUUCUGUUGGUACACCAUAUCUUCCAGAUACUUCUAGUAGUGCUGAAUCCGAAUAUCCAUCAACUCAAGAAUCUUCAACUGAACCAGAGUCCACUGCAGUGCCAGAAUCUUCUGUUGAAGAGGAAUCCACCACCGAACCAGAAUCAAGUAGUGAACCAGAAUCCACUACCGAACCAGAAUCAAUAACUGAAGAAGAAUCAACAACUGAAGAAGAAUCUAAGUCAACAGGAGAAACUGAAUCAAGUGACUUACCAGGCACUCUUACAGUUACCGAAACUUGUACUGAUGAUGAAGGUCACGUGACUACUGAAACUGUUAUCAUCACUUCUCAUGUUACUGAAUACUGUGAACAAACGUCUGCUUCUGCUAAACAAUCCUCUGCUUGUGACGAGCAAUCCAGUGCCAAGUCCGAACAAAGCUCUGCCUCGAAGGAGCAAGACAAGGUUGUCACCACCAUCUACUCCUGUGAAUCGGCCAAGAGCUCUCUUGAAUCUGUCAAGUCCAGUGCUGAAUCUGCCCACAAGACCGACAUUGUUGCCAGCUGUGAAAGUGAAUUGAGUUCCAUCAAAUCCGUUGAGUCUGUUGCUUAUGUUACUCUUACUUCAUUGAUUGAAGUUCAAGAAUCAUGCAUUGCCAAACAAACUUCUUUGGUCGAAGUUCAAUCGUCUGCUGCUUCUGUCCAAUUGAGUGCUGCACAUGCACAAGAAUCAUCGCGUGCUGUUGAUUAUGCCAAAUCUGCUGUCUCAGAAGCAUCCAAGGCUGGUGAUAGAGUUGAGACUGUCAUUGAACACACUACAUUGACUGUUGGACAUGAUACUGCUGAACAAACUACUGUUGAACAAACUACUGUUGCUGCCGGCACUCACUCUGGUGCUGAAUCAGUACAAAUUCAAACCAGUACUGUUGGUGAACAUUCUACUACUACUUCUCCAGCUGUUGAAGUUGCCAAUUCAGCUGUUUCAAGAACCACUAAUGCCAUUGGUUUGUUGAUUUCUACUGGUAUUUUAAUUGGAUUUUUCAUUUAG